AUGGCGCCUACUGAUGAAGCUCCUCGGAGUCGGAAGGCUGUCGAUAGGAACCCACGGAAACUCAAACAGACACGAAUCGAAACGGAAUUGACAACAAUCAACCAACAAGUGGAAGCACUCGACCCCAAAAUCCGCUUAGAAUCUUUUUCGCAACUCCCUCUCUCUGAACCUACUGCCUCCGGUCUUGCGGCAGUCCAUUUUAAGAGCCUGACUGACAUUCAGUCUCGAGCGAUUCCUUAUGCACUCAAAGGACGGGAUAUUCUGGGUGCUGCCAAAACCGGUAGCGGGAAAACCUUGGCGUUUUUGGUUCCUGUGUUAGAGAACUUGUACCGAAAGAAAUGGGCUGAGUACGACGGUUUAGGGGCACUCAUUCUGUCCCCUACCCGAGAGCUUGCUAUUCAAAUAUUUGAAGUGUUGCGCAAAGUUGGCAGGAAUCAUUCAUUUUCUGCGGGGUUGGUUAUUGGAGGAAAGAGUCUGAAGGAGGAACAAGAACGCCUUGGACGGAUGAAUAUUCUUGUGUGCACUCCUGGCAGAAUGCUCCAGCAUUUGGACCAAACGGCAGAACUUGAUGUGUACAAUUUGCAAAUGCUAGUACUUGAUGAGGCGGAUCGAAUUAUGGACAUGGGAUUUCAGCAGACCGUUGACGCGAUUGUCGAGCAUUUACCGAAGACACGCCAAACAUUACUAUUCAGUGCAACCCAAACGAAAAAGGUUUCUGAUUUGGCACGGCUGAGCCUUCAAGACCCGGAGUACGUUGCGGUACACGAGACUGCAUCUAGCGCAACCCCGUCGACCCUCCAGCAGCAUUAUAUUGUGACACCUUUGCACGAGAAACUUGAUACACUAUACAGCUUUAUUCGCAGCAAUCUGAAAUCCAAGACAAUGGUGUUUUUGUCAUCCGGAAAACAGGUCCGCUUCGUAUACGAGUCAUUACGCCAUCUUCAGCCUGGUAUUCCACUGCUGCAUCUCCACGGACGUCAGAAACAAGGUGGACGGCUGGACAUCACAACUCGGUUUACUGAGACCAAACAUGCCGUUCUGUUCUCGACAGACGUAGCGGCAAGGGGCUUGGAUUUUCCGGCUGUUGACUGGGUCAUUCAAAUGGACUGCCCUGAAGAUGCCGAUACCUACAUUCACCGAGUUGGACGGACAGCCCGCUAUGAGCGAGACGGACGUGCCGUUUUAUUCCUUGACCCCAGCGAGGAGGCUGGCAUGCUUAAGUGUCUAGAGCAAAAGAAGGUUCCUAUUGAACAAAUCAAUGUGCGGGCAAAAAAGCAACAGAGCGUUAAGGACCAAUUACAAAACAUGUGCUUCAAAGACCCGGAACUUAAAUAUCUAGGGCAAAAGGCAUUCAUAUCGUACGUCAAGUCUGUCUAUAUACAAAAGAAUAAGGACAUCUUCAAUGUCAAGAACCUGGCUCUUGACGAAUACGCCGCCAGUCUCGGACUUCCUGGAGCUCCACGUAUCAAGUUCAUCAAAGGAGAAGACAGCAAGAUACAAAAGAAUCAACCCCGUGCUCUACGCUAUACAUCGUCAAGCGACGAGGAAUCUGACCAAGAAGAUGGCACCAAGAAAAACAAAAAGAAGGAUGGUGUUCGUACGAAAUACGACCGUAUGUUUGAACGACGCAACCAGGAUGUUUUGGCCGAUCAUUACGCGAAACUCAUCAAUGAUGAUGGUACCAUGAUAGACCAAUCCAAAUCCAUCCAAGGCGAUGCAGACGAAGACGAUGACUUUCUCACCGUCAAGCGUCGCUUCGAAGCUGGCGACAGGGCCCUUGGAGAUGACGGCGAUGGCGAGUCUGAUUCUUCCUCAGCUUCGGCUUCCAAGAAACCAGAAGCCACCAUGAGAAAAGAUGUCAGAGUUGUCAAAAUCUCCGAUGCGUCUGAGCCACUUGUCAUCGACUCUAAACGGCGUGAAAAGCUUCUCAAGUCCAAGAAAAAGCUACUCAAGUACAAAGGACAUGGCACAAAACUCCUGUUUGAUGAAGAAGGCAACGCGCAUAAUGCGUAUGAGCUGGAAGAUGAAGACAAGUUCCGUGCGGGUGGUGACGCUGAUACUCAGCGGGCCAAGUUCUUGGAUGCGGAAGCAGAGAAGACUCGAGCGGCUGAUAUCGAGGACAAGGAGGUCGCUAAGCAGAAGAAAAGAGAGAAGAAAGAGAAGCGUAAAGCGAGAGAGCGUGAACUGGCAAUGGAGGACGAAGAAUCAGGAGACGGCGGUGUUGCCGUGUUGGCGCCGUAUGAAGGCGAUCAGGCUGGUGAUAUGUCCAUGUCAGAUUACGACGAAAACCAGCGAGAAUCCUCGCCCCGAGAAAACAAGAAGAAGCGAACACAAGGUCGCUCGUUUUCUGACAGCGAUAGCGAUGUUGAUGACAAGUCUCGUAAAACAAAACGUUCUAAGCGUUCCUACAAGACGAAAUCGACUUCUGAUGAACCUGUCGAGGUUAAUACUCUGGAGGAUUUGGAAGCAUUGGCAACUGGUUUACUCGGCUGA